AUAAGAAGCGACAUUUGCCAUUGGACUGCACUUAUGGCAAACAAAAUACAUACCUAAAUUAUCCAAUUCAAUAUACUUUUCUGGGUUACUCCUUCAUUUUGUAGUCACUUCUAAUUGUGGAAUGUUACUAAUAUGGUAGCCUUGUUUGUGUAUCAUGUUUGUAGCUACAUCUGUAAGGCCAUUAUAAAGGCCACAUCACUUGAAACACAAGAAGCGCUGAGUCUCAAGAUCAAGCAAUCCUUGAAUGGCACUUAUGAAGAGGCACUAUUAUCCUUGUAUGUGAAACCUGAAGAUGUGGCUGUCAAGCCAAUAGCCCUCAUGGAUUGUCCAGAAAGCUUUUCCCACACAACCUACAAGGGGAAUUAUUCCUGGCCGCUAACAAAGCCAGCGGCCAAAGCGGCGGUGAACUGCAGGAAAAACCCUCUGCAGUCUGCUGAGAGGAGCUGUGGAAUUAAUAUUGAACUGGAGCAAGCUUUUUGGAGGAAACCAGAUUUGACUGAAUGUAGAUUACUGGAAGAACUCCCAAAUAAUAUCUUAGACCUCCAGGAUACCAUGAUAACAGAAGAGAAUGCACAGGAUGUUGCAGAGCAGAUUCUGUACCUCUUGCCAAAUGCAACCCUGCAAAUGGAAGAACUGGAAGUCAUCACAAGUAAAGUUUCUGAGAUUGUAAGGCUUGCAGACGUGAGCGUGGCACUUGCAGAGUCCAUAUUGUCUAUACUAAACUAUAUUUUGCUGCAAGAAAUAGAAGAUGAGAACAUGAGAAAAGUGACCAAUAGUAUCCUGAAGACAACUGAGGAGAUGGGCUAUAAGGUGACUUACACAGAAAGAAACACAUCGGUCAUAACCACUUCCAUGGCUCUGCUGGUGACGCGUCCAGACCCCAGCACGUUUGGAGGGCUGGCCUUUGGCGUUACCUCCUACAACAGAGGCCUGGAUCUCAAGAUCAACAUUCAGGAAAACCCUUUCAAAGAGGCCUUGGCCUCGGUGUUUUUGCCAGAAUCACUGAAGAAAUUCCUUGGGAUCAAGCACUCUGACCCGGAGAAGCGUUCCAAGAUCCAGUUUAACUUCUUUGGCACGACUUCACUCUUUGUGGAUGGCAGCUUAACGAAGGAGAGGUUGAAUACUUAUGUUGUGAGUGCCAGCAUUGAAAAUGCAUCAGUUCAGACCCUUAAGGAGCCUGUGACUAUUACUCUUCAGCACAUAGACCAUAAUACGGGGAAUGCAGCGGUGCACUGUGUCUUUUGGGACUUCGAGAAGAACAAUGGACUGGGUGGUUGGAAUACGUCAGGGUGUGAAAUGGAUUCUACAGAUAGGAAUUAUACAAUCUGUUUUUGUAACCAUCUUACCCAUUUUGGAGUCCUACUGGACUUGGCCCGGACGGAGAUAAAUACCACACAGGAGCGAAUAUUAACUCUGAUAAGCUAUGCAGGAUGUGGUGCUUCUUCCCUGUUUCUGUGUUUAACACUGGUGACAUAUCUAGCCCUUGAAAAGCUGCGGAGAGACAACCCUGCAAAACUCCUGCUCAACCUUUGUGCUGCACUGCUGAUGCUGAACGUGGUCUUCCUCACCAAUUCCUGGCUGGCCUCUUUCAACCAGCCUGCUCUCUGUAUCACCGUGGCCAUGCUCCUUCACUACUUCCUCCUUGCAGCUUUCACGUGGAUGUGUCUGGAGUCUGUUCAGUUUUACUUGGCUCUCGUCAAGGUUUUCAAUGUCUACGUCCCAAAGUACAUCCUAAAAUGCUCUAUUGCUGGCUGGGGAAUACCAGCUCUCAUCAUUUCUAUUGUGCUCAUUAUAAAUAAAGACUUCUAUGGCGAUGGAUCACUCUCAGAGAGCAACCCAUUCAGCAACUUCAGCAACAAAGAUUUGGAUAAAACCUGGAGAAGCAGUGAGAAAAGUGUUGGAAUACUGAAGACUUCUCAGUCUUUCUUGGACAGAGCCAUCAGCAUGUUCCCUGCUUUAGAGGUGGGACAGAGGGAAGCAGAGCAGGCUGCAUGGAUGGGCCUCCAUUCUUGCUGAUGAUUUGAUUUUUCCAUUAAAAAAGCAAAAGCUGAAGGAAAUGUUUUAAAACCUGUCAACUUCUUAUGCAAAAUGCUAAGUGCUAUUUGCUCUCCAUCAUAUGUCUAAUAGCUUUUCCACCUAACCAGUGCAGCAUCCCUGGUUCAAGCACGGCAUUGUUUUGGUUGUCAGCCGGAAUGAGGAUGUGUCAUUUUCUUUGGGCUGAAAUUGUAUCUUCAGCACCUAUUACAUUUGCUCUUCUCUAAUGUAUCUACACCGACAUUCUGCCACAGAACUGUGCACUGAGGGUUUGCACAGGGAGAGGAUAUGCACAAAGUCAAACCCAAUGCAGAAUUCCCAUGUGCUUGUGGUUCACAUCCUCAUCAUUCUAAGGGAUGGGAGCAGCAUCCGCAGCUCUGGCUUGAGCGUGACCUGACGAGCAGGAGCGUGCCAGUGAUGCAGAUGCAUCCUCCUCCCUGCAGGCUGGAUUGUAUCAGUUGGCUCUGCUCCCUUGCUGAGAAAACAGCAAUCUGAAAGCUCCCCUGAUUUCUAAGUCAGUCUCAUUUACUCCUAGAUAGCUUAUUUUUAGUGAUAUACACACACCAAGAAAUGUGUGCUCUAUUUUAAACCAAUGGAAGGAGGAUUUCUGACAGUAUAGUUAUCUAUGGAGACAAUUAUUUAAUGUCAGAUCUCAGUGGGCUGUUAACAAUAGGUUAGAUGGUGCAGAAGAAACACAAAAUGAUAGUAAAAUCACUGCAGCAGCUGGGGUGAGUGGGGCAAAACCCUCUUCACUCCCAUCUUGCUGUUUAGACCAGCAUGGAACCACCACCCUUCAUACCAGUUAAGUCAGUGGAUGCAAAUCCAAGGUCUAAGCAGCUCACUCAAGGGUCCCUGGAGCCUUUUCACAUCUCUGUAUGGACAAGCUGCCUUCCAGCUCAAUGCAUGUACCAUGCUUUAACAACCAUAGAUAGAGAACAUUACACAGGAUGACAGGUAAAGGUCAGUGCAGCUUGUUUAAGUUUAUGAAUCUACAGCAGUGGUUUGUAAUACACUUUAGCAAUACUGAUGCCCAAGAUGUAUAAUUCUCUCUCCAUUUAGCAGACAGUUAUUACUGGGGCAACAAAAGGAAUGUCAUUAUGAGAAAUGAGUUAAGAUUAAAAAUCAAAACACUGGGAAGAUAAUUACCCAUUGCAUAAGAUGAUGGUUAAGUCUUAAUGCACAAUACUGUGUGCUUCGAGGUAUCAGAAAGUAUUUAGCAUGUAAUGGCACUCUAAUGGUUCUAAAUUAAAUGGAUUAUUGAGCAUUUCAAGGAUGCCCAAAAGAAUUGUGCUUGCUGUAUUACUCCAUUGCCUGCUUGUUGCUGUAAUGGAAGGAAUUCAAGGGUACAUUCCAGUGUUUAUUUUUCUCUCUCUUCUAAGAAAUGACACCAGUUUUUCCCCACCAUUCCCAUACUGAAACCGGCUGAGGAAACCCUUGGAAAAGGAGGCUGGAAGGGAUGCAAGAAUGGAGAAACAGGAUAAAAGGUAUUUGAAGCCAUUGGUUAAUGUCAGCACUUGAGAUCCUGUCACAGGCAGACUGAGUCCCACUGACUCCACCGAAUAGCCUGGAUUCAGACAUAGCAGAAGUGGAAACAGCCCUGGGUGUGUUAGUAACUUACUUUAAACAUGGCCUGCUGUCUCUGACAUUGACGCUCACUUCAGGUGUACAUUUGGGCUUUCCCAUUCAACACCUGGCUGCUUGAACACUGAGAAAUGGACUGGGAACAGUCACACAAGUCACACAGCCCAUAUAAAAGCUGUCAGACAAAAGCUUCGUUCUUAGUAUUGACAUGAGUUACGAUACUGUUUGUCCCCUCCUUUUUCCAGCAGGUCGAGGGAGGUGUAAGAGGAAUGUGCCUGUGGUGCCCCAAUGGCAGAGUUCUGCUCUGCGCUGAACAGGCUGGGCACAUGGUUAGCAUUUGGGCUCAUCUGUAGAAGAGAUCUUCAUCUGAGAAAAGCCUUUUAGAAGAGAGGAUGCCGCAACAGCGACUACCACAAUGCAGGGCUAGGAUAGACAAGCUGUUUGGUAUCUCUCUGCUGUUAUCACCCAGAGAACAUAAACAUCAGUGGAGAGACAGAGAGAUAAACCAGCCAGCAAUAAACAGAUGGCCAUGUUGCUGGGGGAGACAAUCAAAGCAAGGGUCGAAAAGGAGUCUGAGAUAUAAAAGAGGAAUGAAGACAACUAAAUAGUUUUAUGCAGAAAAGAUACAAAUAAUGACCUAAGAAAGUGAGUUAAAAUAAUCCUACCCCCCCCCCCCCCCCCAGGCUGGCUAAUGCAGCUGCAGUUCACUUUUGGGCUCCUGGCACUGUAGCUACAAAGCAUUUUGACAUACUUGUAUAAAUAACAAUCAAUGCAGCAUGACCAUUAUUGCAAUGUAUGCUGAAAUAACAUCAUUACACUACACAAAAUAAUUACCAUUUUGGCAAGUCUGCUUCUGUGAUGGAGGGAAGGUUUUGGCUCUCCUCUCUGUAUUUUGGCUUGACGCACAGCAAAUGGUACGCAAAGAGCUUUUUCUGAGCGGGUGACUCUAUGCAGCACAUGGGACUUCAGACAGGAUUCACACUGCAUUCAAACAGAAGAUUUGCAUUAAAAACACAGCUAAACGCUAUUCUCUUGAGUAUUUGACUCCAUUUUUUUUUGCAGCAUGGAGCUCAAAAGGAACAUUCAUUUUCUUCGAAGGCUGGUACUUAAAACAACAGCCAGAAUUACCCAAAUUGCUUUUCUCUUCACACCAGAAGAUACUGCUCUAAAAGAAUGCCUUAGAGUUGUUUACUGUUUGCAAUAAUGACGCCACUCUUUUCGUUUUCAGCUGGAUUUGCACAACUGAAAGCUAUCAGAAUCUGUGUUUAAAACAUGGUGUGUUUUUUUCCUGCCUGGUUUCUACCCAUGUCAGUAUCGAAGAGCACACAAAACUGAUGAACAGAAACACUGAAAUUCUACCCUCAUAAACAAAUUGCAGAUUUCAUGUUUACUGGAUGUCCUUCAGGCUGUUGUUUGGUCUUGAGAACGUUAUAGAAUCUCAGCCUGGUUUGUGUUGGAAAGGACCUUAAAGCUCCUCCAGCUCCAACCCCUGCCACGGGCAGGGACCCUUCCACUAGAGCAGCUUGCUCCAAGCCCCUGUGUCCAACCUGGCCUUGAACACUGCCAGGGAUGGGGCAGCCACAGCUUCUCUGGGCACCCUGUGCCAGCGCCUCAGCACCCUCCCAGGGAAGAGCUUCUGCCUAAGAGCUCAUCUCAGUCUCCCCUCUGGCAGGUUAAAG